GGAGGGAGAGAGAGAGAGAGAGACAAACCUGAGAUCCUUGUUUCCCAUCCCAACUGCCACAUCAACAACAAAUAAUUACAAAAUCCAUCUCUUCCACUUUCUCUCUCCUCUAACAGAAAAACAUAUCUCUCUCUCUCUCUCUCUCUCUCUCUCUCUCUCUCUCUCUGUGGUUUCUCCCAUUGAAAGCCAAGUCUCUGAGCCAAGUGUGAAAAUCAAGACACAUUCGAGUUCCUUGUACCCCCAGCAAAAUCCCACAUUCUCUUCCCUGAUUCAAUAAUGACACCUUAUAUGCCUACAUGUGCGUGUAUGCACUUAUGUAUUGUGUUUUACAUUUGAGCUGAAAACGGAAGCAAUGUGGAUCGAAUGGGUAGUAUUGGAGAGUUUCUAGGGUUUGUUUUGCUGGUGACUUGGUCUUGAUCUCUGCAACAAUGGCCUUGUUUAGGAAGUUUUUCUAUAGGAAGCCGCCUGAAGGGCUUCUGGAGAUCUCUGAAAGGGUUUUCGUCUUCGAUUGCUGCUUUACCACCGAUGUUUUGGAAGAUGAUGAUUACAAAGCCUACAUGGGAAGGAUAGUGAAUAACCUUCGUGAAUACUCCCCUGACGCAUCAUUCAUGGUAUUUAACUUCCGAGAGGGAGAGCAUCAAAGCCAGAUUGAUAACAUAUUGUCUGGGUAUGAUAUGACUGUGAUGGACUAUCCUUGUCAAUAUGAAAGUUGCCCAUUACUCACCAUGGAGAUGAUCCACCACUUCCUAAGAUCAAGUGAGAGUUGGCUUUCACUUGGGCAGCGGAAUAUACUCUUAAUGCAUUGUGAGAGUGGUGGGUGGCCAGUUUUGGCUUUCAUGCUCGCCGCUCUCUUCAUUUAUAGGAAGCAAUACAUUGGGGAACAGAAAACUCUGGACAUGGUAUAUAAGCAAGCACCUCGUGAGCUUUUGCAGCUAAUGUCGCCACUGAAUCCAUUACCUUCACAACUGAGGUACCUACAGUAUGUCUCAAGAAGGAAUGUGGGCUCAGUGUGGCCCCCACUUGAUCGGGCGGUUACAUUGGACUGCAUCAUUCUCAGAUUCAUUCCCAACAUGGAUGGAGAGGGAGGUUGCCGUCCGAUAUUUAGGAUAUAUGGACAAGAUCCUUUCAUGGCUGCAGAUCGGACUCCCAAAGUGCUGUUCUCAACACCAAAGAGGGGCAAAACUGUUCGUCAUUACAAGCAGACAGAUUGUGAACUAGUUAAAAUUGACAUCCAUUGCCAUAUUCAAGGCGAUGUUGUGCUCGAGUGCAUUAGCUUGGAUAAUGAUUUGGAAAAUGACGCAAUGGUUUUUCGCGUCAUGUUCAACACUGCCUUCAUUAGAUCAAACAUUUUGAUGCUUAACCGUGAUGAAAUCGAUAUUUUAUGGAAUGCCAAGGAUCAGUUUAUGAAGGAUUUCAGAAUAGAGGUACUCUUUUCAGAAAUGGAUGCUGCACCUUCAUGUACUACGAUUGACUUGCCUGGUACUGAAGAGAAAGGUCUUCCGAUUGAAGCAUUUGCUAAAGUUCAAGAGAUGUUCAGUAAUGUGGAUUGGCUAGAUCCAAAAUUAAGUAUGCUUGAGCAAAUCAAUAUCAUCCAAGAGAAAUUGGAGUCUGGUUCUCCCCAGAUUGCUAAAAAGAUCAGUUUGUUGCAAGAAUCAAGUCCUGAAGAAGUAACAGAGAGACAAAAAUCUAAUGGGCUCCAGAAAAUUAAUGUUCUUCUAGAAAUAUUGGAGUCUAGCCCUGCCGCUAGCGCCAAAAAAGAUCAAGAACUGGAUCCUGAAAGAGUUUUAAUGGAACCAAAAUGGGAGGAAUUAGAAAACAACUUCAAAUGUUCACCAUCAAUGGAUAUGGGUAAGAACCUUAUGCCCUCUUUGGAGGCAUCUGAGAUGAUGAGCUCAGUGGUGAAUAAGAUUGAGUCCCAAGAACUGAAGAUUGCUCUUAAGCUCCCCACUCACUCUAAGAAGAUUGAGCCUCAAGAGCUGAAGAUUACUCUUCAGCGCCCCACUCACUCUAAGAUCAUAUCCCAGAGAGUACCUCAAACUUCUCUAUCAGCUCCAGCUUCAUAUUGCAAUUCCUUGCAAGGUUCACCUGUGUUGAAUUCCAGAUACCAUAGUGCACCCUCAGCUCUAGGCAUUACAGCUCUGUUGCAAGAUCACACAGAGUCUGAAAAUAACCAAUUUACUCACCCAUUGUCUAUAUCACCGCCUCCUGCCACUUCAGAUUCUUUUCCACUUCCGUCAAAACAUUUGCAGCCGGGUAUCAUCUCAAUAUUGCCUCCACCCCUGACGUCUCCCUCAUUCCAACCAUCCAUGGAGGUUCCCGUAACUUUGAGUAGAACUUCUUUAACAUCUUGUCCUUCUCCUCCUCCUCCUCCACCUCCCAUAGUGUCCCAGCUCGCUUUAACAUCAGUACAGGGUAAAGGGCAACAACCAUCACCCUCCAUUGAUAAAUCAUUCACAGCUUUGCCUAUGCCGCCUCCACCUCCUCCUUUCUCAGGGGUAGCUCCAUUGACCACUAUCAACAAGUCAUUGCCUCCUCCGCCUCCUCCUUUCGUGGGGGUAGCUCCAUUGCCCAUUAUCAACAAGUCUUCUCCUCCUCCACCACCUCCACCUCCAACUUUCUCAGGGGUAGCUCCAUUGCCCAACAUCAACAAGACAUUUCCCACUCACCCACCCCCUCCUCCCCCUCUACCACCCACUUCUUCCUCUUCGCCGGUUCAGUCUCCCUCCAUUAAGAACUCAUUUUCAACUCCUCCGCCUCCUCCUCCUCCUUUAUGUCCUGGGCCAGUCUCAAGCCCUAGUACUAUAUCCUCAGCACCGCCGCCACCCCCCCGUCCUCCCAGUCUUGCUCCGAAGGAUCCAUUGUCUAGGAAUUCAUCCCAUGGUCCACCUUUACCUCCUCCUCCUGCUCCGUUUACCAAUGGGCUGUCAAAAACUGGUGGCGCCUCUCGACAAUCUCAUGCAGCGGGCAGUAAUGGAAAUAUACCUCCGAUUCCAGGACCACCUUUGAGCACAAAGGGAAGGCUGCCAUUGCGGGCUAAUUCCAGGAAUCAGGAUCAGUCAAAAAAGGCAUCCCUGAAGCCAUAUCAUUGGUUGAAGUUGACAAGGGCCAUGCAAGGAAGCUUAUGGGCUGAGACGCAAAAAUCUGAUGAAGCUUCCAAGGCUCCUGAGUUUGACAUGACGGAACUUGAGAGUCUUUUUGCGGCAACAAUUCCAACUAAUGGAAGCCCUGGUGGGAAAUCAAAUCGUCGUGGGUCGGGACCUAAAUCUGACAAAGUCAAUCUGAUUGACCUCAGACGGGCAUAUAAUUGUGAAAUCAUGCUUACAAAAGUUAAGGUUCCUUUGCCUGAUUUGAUGGGUUCAGUCCUUGCUUUGGAUGAUUCAGCAUUGGAUGUUGAUCAGGUUGAUAAUCUUAUAAAAUUCUGUCCGACAAAAGAAGAAAUGGAACUUCUCAAGAACUACAACGGCGAGAAGGAGAUCUUAGGAAAAUGUGAACAGUUCUUCCUAGAGUUGAUGAAAGUGCCACGAGUAGAGUCAAAGCUAAGAGUAUUCUCAUUUAAAAUACAGUUCCGCAGCCAGGUUUCUGAACUUAGAAAUAAUUUGAAUAUUGUAAAUUCUGUAGCUGAUGAGAUCAGGAAUUCAGCCAAAUUGAAAAGAAUUAUGCAAACUAUUCUUUCACUGGGGAAUGCCUUGAACCAUGGGACUGCAAGAGGUUCUGCUGUUGGAUUUCGAUUGGAUAGUCUACUCAAACUUACAGAUACCCGAGCCAAAAACAACAAAAUGACUCUCAUGCACUAUCUGUGCAAGGUGCUCGCUGAGAAACUACCAGAACUACUAGAUUUUGUGACAGAUCUCAAAAGUUUGGAGGCUUCAACAAAGAUCCAAUUGAAAUAUUUGGCAGAGGAAAUGCAAGCGGUUAGCAAAGGGAUAGAAAAAGUUCUUCAGGAGCUAACUGCAUCAGAAAAUGAUGGUCCUGUGUCUGAAAACUUUUGCAAGAUUUUGAAGGAGUUUCUUGGUUUUGCUGAAGCUGAAGUGAGAUCUUUGGCUUCACUUUAUUCUGGAGUGGGAAGAAAUGCAGACGCGUUGGCUCUUUACUUCGGAGAAGAUCCAGCCCGUACUCCGUUUGAGCAAGUUGUUUCUACUCUACUUAAUUUUGUGAGAACAUUUGUCCGAGCCCAUGAUGAAAAUCUCAAGCAAAUUGAGCUGGAAAAGAAGAAGGCUCAGAAGGAAGCAGAAAAUGAGAACAUGAAAGCAAGUACCCCGAAAAAGGGUGCAGAAACUGAGAAGAUGAAGACAAGUGGCUCCCAAAAGGGAAUCUUUAAAUGAGAAAAUGGAAACAAUUUCUCCUGAAAGGCCUGACUGCCAUCAAGAAUAGUAACAUCAAUUAAUCAAGCCCCUUUUACGAUUUAUUUAAUUGAUCAACAGAUACAUGUGAGCUGGAAUGCAAGUUUGAUGUAUAUUUACAAUUAAAUGGGGACGAUUAUAAAUUUGAUGGCAGAAUAAGCCAGCAGUUGAAGUCUUACAAUUCCCCGAGGAUUUAACGCAACUACUUGUACUCAUCACAAGUGAGGGAGUGGAAAUUCGUGGUUGCUGCAUCAGCUGUAAGAUAGUUUUCGACAGUUUGUUUUUUACGGUAUCUAUUGUAGUUUAGUCAUUUAAAUUCCUCUAUAGUGAGUUUAUAAGGUAUCUUUCAUAGUUUAGUCGUUUAUUCUUUUCUUGUAUUAGUCAAUCUGUAAAUUUUGCCUCAUGUAUGCUGUGUUAUAGAUUCACGUAUACAUACAUUGAGUAGUAAAACUUUCAAAGGAAAUCUUCCAACUUUUGGAUUUGCAAUA